CCUCCCUCCACCUGUCCCCGGCGCGUUGGACGCUGGAAGCCAAGAUGGCGGCGGAGCUGGUGGAGGCGAAAAACAUGGUGAUGAGCUUCCGGGUUUCCGACUUGCAGAUGUUGUUAGGAUUUGUGGGCCGGAGCAAAAGCGGACUCAAACACGAACUGGUCACCCGGGCUUUGCAACUGGUCCAGUUUGACUGUAGCCCGGAACUCUUCAAGAAGAUAAAAGAGAUCUAUGAGACUCGAUACGCCAAGAUCUCCGAACCGGGACAAACCCCCCAGCAGCAGCAACCGCAGCAGCCGCUCCCGCCCCCCACACAGCACCGACCUCCUUCCGAAACCCUUCCCAUCCAUUCGUCUUACGACCGCAACAGCGCGGUAAACAGGACUGGUCUUUCUACUACCCCCAACAUAGACUAUCCCUCGCUCUACGGAAAGUAUUUAAACGGACUCGGACGGUUGCCGGUCAAACCAGUGAAGCCUGAAGUCCGGUUGGUGAAGCUUCCCUUCUACACUAUCUUGGAUGAACUGUUGAAGCCCACAGAACUCGUCCCGCAGAACAACGAGAAACUUCAAGAGAGUCCCUGCGUGUUUGCCCUGACGCCACGGCAGGUCGAGCUGAUCAGGAAUUCCAGAAUCUGCUACACAGAUACCAGCUGCGCUCAGGAAGAUCAAUAUCCCCCGAAUAUCGCCGUCAAAGUCAACCACAGUUAUUGUUCGGUUCCGGGCUACUACCCUUCCAACAAGCCCGGAGUGGAGCCGAAGAGGCCUUGUCGUCCCAUCAACCUUACUCAUCUCAUGUACCUGUCUUCCGCCACCAACCGAAUCACCAUCAUCUGGGGAAAUUACGGGAAGAGUUACUCCGUGGGCCUCUUCCUGGUGCGACAGACGACAUCGUCAGAACUGUUGCAGCGAUUAAAAAACAUCGGCAUUAAACACCCAGAGCUGUGCAAGGCCCUCGUCAAAGAGAAGUUGCGGCUGGACCCAGAGAGCGAGAUUGCCACCACUGGCGUUCGAGUAUCUUUAAUAUGCCCGCUGGUGAAGAUGCGCCUGUCGGUACCGUGUCGGGCAGAAACCUGUGCCCACCUGCAGUGCUUCGACGCGGUUUUCUACCUGCAGAUGAACGAGAAGAAACCCACGUGGAUGUGUCCGGUGUGUGACAAACCAGCCACCUAUGAUCAACUGAUGAUCGAUGGGCAGGGGGCACAUCGGACGUCAACGGGGCUCCCCCUCCCGCCCCCAGCGUGGAGAACGGCAAGAUCCCGGCCGACGUGGUCGAUUUGACACUGGACAGCUCAUCCUCGGAAGAAGAGGAAGAGGAGGAGGAAGAAGACGACAAUGGUGGACCCAAGAGGAAAGUCCCCCGCCUGUAUAAGAACGGCCUCGCCUCCGCUUGCUGACCGCCAGCGGCCCCAGGUCACCUCCACGUGGGAAAGCUUGAAUUCCUCGGUGCUUACUCAGAUAAACGGGAUGGGGCGGGGUAUCUUAUCUCCCCCAGCCAACCUUUCACCUUCUCCUCCUCCUCCAAAGCAUCCUUGGACGUCCCGAUUAUUCCAAGUUAAAAAAAAAAAACAACUUUGUUUUUAUCGGAAACAAACAGACCCAUCUGGAUGAGCGCUGAUGCAUGGCGACCCCCUUCCAACCACCAUCACCUCGCAACCUAACGCCUCUUCGUCUCUCCGCCUUCGGCUCAGCUUUGGAACCGCCUUUGGACGUGAUCGGGAGGGGGUGGGGUGGGGGGGGAACGCCUGUCCUGCACGCAGCCCUUUGGAAAUGGCCACCAACACACACUCUCUCUACUUCCCGAGCGUCUGUUGUUGUCCUCCUCCCCAACGCCCCUUUGCUUUCUGGUUAAACCCGGCCGGUGAGAACUGAUUCCCGCUACCGGCCAGUUGCCAGGACUUUUCACGGGUGUCCAAAGUCACGUUUAUGUCUUUUUCUUCUUUUUUCUUCUUCUUUGUGUUCCAUCGGCCUUGUUCGACAACCAUUCCUGACUCUCUUUCUCUCUCUC